GAAGUGACCAAAAAAAAAUACAGAGAGAGAGAGAGAGAGAAAGAGAGCAACACAUUGAUUGUUUGGUUGUCCACAUUUCAGUCUAUCUAUCAUCAAUAUCCAUGGCAGCAGCGACGCCGUAUGCGACGGCCUACACUAACACCGCCGUCUUAGUCCCUAGACUCUCCACCACCACCACCACCACCACCGCUCGCUGCUCUGCCUUGCCUUACCUCCCACCUCCUCGCCUGUCCUCUGCUUCUUUCCCAGCUUCUACUAAGCACUUUGCAGAGUGCCGUAGGUCCUCUCUGUCUCAGAUCGGAGCCUCUUCCUCAGAAGACACAUCCACUUCCCUUGAUGCUAAUGAACUUUUUACAGACUUGAAGGAGAAGUGGGAUGCACUUGAGAACAAGUCCACAGUAAUUCUCUAUGGGGGUGGGGCAGUAGUUGCUGUUUGGCUUUCUUCGAUUCUCGUUAGUGCCAUCAACUCGGUCCCAUUGCUUCCAAAGAUUAUGGAGUUGGUAGGGCUAGGAUAUACAGGAUGGUUUGUAUACCGUUACCUUCUCUUCAAGUCAAGCAGAAAGGAACUGGCUACAGAUAUUGAAUCAUUGAAGAAGAAGAUUGCUGGAACUGAAUAGAUCUGUUUGAUUUUGUGGCAAUUGAAGCCUGCGAUUAUCAUCAUGUUUUGUCUCCUUGUAUUUCCUUUAUGAGAGGCAUCUGUAUCCUGUGAUGUAGAAUAGGUUUUGUAUUAAUCCUCAUUACUGUUGUAUUCUCCCAUUUUAUCCCUAAAAUAAGACUUGGGCAAUUCUGUGUUUACAACUCUAAAUGUAUGCAGUUGUUGAUUAUACUUCCACAAUAGUGAUUAUGAAGCAGCUCUUACGCUGCCUAUGAAAUAUUAGCUCU